AUGGCAAUUAUAUGGAACAAUUUAGCUGUACUCGUAGUCACCGUGUCUGUUCUUCUAGCGACCAAUGCACUUAUCAAAAUAUGGAGUUUGAUUAAGCAACGCCGCCAAAAUGAAAGUGACUUGUCUGUCUUUCCAUGUCCGCCCCGGCACUGGCUGUUUGGACACGAACACUUGGGACUGCGCAAAGGGAAAGGCAUACAAAUGAUGUUUGAAUUCACAAAGAAUUACAGCCAUUAUUUCCAAAUAUGGAUCGGACCAUUCCGCGCUCUCUUAUUUUGUGUACAUCCUGACACUGUUAAGACGAUAUUGGCCACUCCAGAACCAAAAGAUCCGCUUGCCUAUGGUCGUUUAAGUGAAUGGCUGGGAGACGGUCUUCUAAUCUCGUCUGGAGCAAAAUGGAAGAGGAAUAGACGCCUUCUGACGCCGUCGUUUCAUUUCGAAGUUCUCAAACCAUACAUUAAAUUGUACAACGAGUGUGCGCAGAAAAUGCUGACAAAAUGGAGCCAUCAUAGCAGCGAUACACCAAUGGAGAUGUUUGAUUGUGUCAGUUUAAUGACGCUGGACACUCUGUUAAACUGUAUUUUUGGAAUAAACAGUUCUUGCCAAGAAAGAGGAGACGAUAACACUGUGACAUACGUGAAGGCAGUCAGAAACCUGUCACAACUCUUUGUUGAGAGAAUGGCAGCAUUCUAUCUGCCAUCAUUCGUAUUUCUACAUCUCACUCCACGAGGACGAAAAUACACCCACAAUCUGAAGGUGCUACACAACUUUACGCGAAGCAUUAUUCAACAGAAGAAGCGUUUACGGGCAGAGGGAAGUAGUAUAAAGAAAGAAUAUGUUGAUUUCCUAGAAAUGUUGUUGGAUGCGAGGGAUGACGAUGGGGUAGGUCUAAGUGAUCAAGAAAUCCAAGAUGAAGUAGAUAUCUUCAUGUUUGAAGGCCAUGACACCACAGCUAGUGCGAUCUCGUGGUGUUUGUAUAACCUCGCGAGAUAUCCAGACUAUCAAUAUAAAUGUCGAGAUGAAAUUGAUGAAAUGAUGGUUGUUAAAGACAAUGAUGAGAUUGAAUGGAACGACCUACAAUGUAUGCCUGAGACAACAAUGUUUAUCAAAGAAAGUCUUCGAAUGAAUCCACCGGUACCUGCCACGAGUCGGCAACUCACUUCGCCAAUGACGUUCCCUGAUGGAAAAGUCGCGCCUGUUGGGUCGAUAGUAGUGGUUGCUGUUAAUGCACUUCAUCACAAUUCACACGUAUGGGAAAACCCGGAUAUAUUCGACCCAAUGAGAUUCUCAUCGGAGAAUAGCAAGAAACGGUCACCGCAUGCUUUUGUACCAUUUGCUGCUGGGGCGCGAAAUUGCAUCGGGCAAAACUUUGCGAUGAAUGAGAUAAAAGUGGUCAUUGGAAGAGUGUUACAUCAAUUUGAGUUGUACGUCGAUGACAGCUGUCCAUUUCCACAACCGAAGAAUACACUAGUAUUGAAAGCAGAUCCAGGCAUUUUUAUUAAGUUCAAGCAACGCAAACUUAAAAUCUAGUUAGAAAUAUAUAGAAAUAACACUAUGAAUAAUCAGAUUUGAAUAUAAUUUUGUAUAAAUAAUUGUAUAAAGAGAAUUUAAGCGAAUUUACUAUGCAAUAAAACGAUCUUUACC